AAGUAGUUAUUUCUCAACUUGUAGCACCAUCACUAUGGAUCUUUAUUAUUCGCCUUACGCUUCAUCGACUGGUGCCAUUCUUUUACUUGGCAAGGUUUUUGGUGUGGAAAUUAAUAAAAUUCCGAUCAAUAUCCAGGCAAAAGAACAGCUAAAGCCUGAGUUUGUGAAACUGAAUCCUCAGCACACCAUUCCUACAAUCGUCGACAACGGAUUCUCUCUUUGGGAAUCUCGUGUUAUUCUCACCUAUCUGAUCGAGAAGUACGCAAAGGAUGAUUCCCUUUACCCUAAGGACCCUCAAAAACGUGCUGUUGUGAAUCAACGACUCUACUUUGAUUUGGGAACACUACACAAGGCUCUCGCAGAGUACUACUAUCCACAGUUCCGAAAGAAAGAAGCUGAUCCCGAGCUAUUCAAGAAGGUAGAGGAGGCCCUAAGUUUCCUCAAUAGUUUUUUGGAGGGCCAACAGUACCUGGCAGGUGAUUCUCUCACCGUUGCUGACAUUGCCAUUCUCUCCACCCUUGCUUUCUUCCAAGCCGUCGGUCUAGACAUUAGCAAAUACAGCAAUGUUGCCAAGUGGUACGAAAAUGGUAGCAAAGUGACUCCUGCAUGGAAUGAGAUCGAGAAUACUGUGGCUGCUUCGAAGAAAUUGAUGGAAUCAACCUUUUUGCUGAAUCAAAUUAGUAAACUUUCAGCUCGGCAACCCAUCGCAACAAACAUGGAUUUUUAUUAUUCACCUUACUCUUCAAUGGGUGCUGCUAUCCUUAAUACUGGAAAGGCUCUUGGUCUCGACAUCAAUAAAAUUCAUGUCAACGUUCACCAGCAGGAACAACUGAAGCCGGAAUUCGUGAAGCUCAAUCCACAGCACACCAUUCCCACGCUCAACGACAACGGUUUCGUUGUUUGGGAAUCUCGAGCGAUUCUCACCUAUCUGGUUGAACAGUACGGAAAGGAUGAUUCUCUUUACCCGAAGGAUCCUCAGAAACGUGCUCUUGUAAAUCAACGCCUCUACUUCGAUAUGGGAAAGCUUUAUAAAGCCUUCCUGGAGUACUUCUAUCAACAAAUCCAAAAGAAACCAGAAGAUCCCGAGCUAUUCAAGGAGGUGGAAGCUGCCCUAGAGUUCCUCAACGUUUUCCUCGAGGGUGAAAAGUAUGUGGCAGGUGAUUCCUUCACUGUUGCCGAUAUAGCUAUCCUCGCAACCGUGGCCAAUUUAAAAGUCAUUAAUGUAGACUAUAGCAAAUACACAAAUAUUGUAAGAUGGUAUGAGAAUGGUAGAAAAGAAGCACCUGGAUGGGAAGAGGUUGAAAAUACCGCUGAUAAUUUCAAGGCAGUCAUUGAAGCAAGAAAGUAAAAAACCAUAUAUUAAGAAAAUCUAUUAAAAAAAAUGUAAUACUCUUUAAAUAAAUUAUUUACACA